AUGGAUCACACACUCUUUGGCUGCCUGCGCAGCCCCCAUGCCACUGCGCAGAGCUUGCACCCUUUCUCCCAGUCUUCUCUUGCCCUGCAUGGAAGAUCUGACCACAUGUCCUACCCUGAUCUGUCUCCCGCCGCGGCCAGGCACAGCCUCUGCCUUCAGCCUGACUCAGGAGGACCCCCGGAGCUGGGCAGCAGCCCCCCCGUCCUGUGUUCGAACUCUUCCAGCCUGGGCACCAACACCCCCACGGGGGCAGCGUGUGCGCCAGGGGACUAUGGCAGGCAGGCUCUGUCCCCGGUGGAAACAGAGAAGAGGUCCGGCAAAAGGAAAAGCGACAGC